ACGGUGAUAUUUCAAAUCGAAGGUCAUUGUGCGCUGCUUUCGAUGUCACGUCUAUUUACCCUCUUUCCCGUAUUGAUAUCUUGUGUGCGCCAUAGCAGAAGACCUCGAUUUAUUCGUCCAUAUCUGAAAGACUUAUAUGGUAGAAGACUUGCUCAAGGUCCAGAGAUUUAUCGACCCAGGAAAGAUUGGUUAUGCUGGAAUCGUGACUCGGAAUUAUGUGCGUUUUUGUCGAGAAUUGGUGAGAAUUUAGAGAAAGAUCUUAUUGAGGUCGUUCUGACAGAUCGAUCAUAUUCCUCGUUUUGGUCUGUAAAAACGGCCGAGUCAGACAGAAAAAUAAUGCAAGACAACUCGGAGCUCGCUGCCCUAGGAUUUUCUGUUUCGGAAAAUUUUUUAUAUGUCUUCUUGCGAUCAGUGUAUCCUCGAUUCCCUGAAGAGUGGAUUAUGACUAUCGUUCAGUAUUUGAAGUCACCUUCUGAGCUUGCUUUUAUAGCCGCUCAUUUAGGAAUUAAAGAUAUAGUAUUGUACAGUGAUCAAGUAGAUUAUUCAAGCAAUAAAAUUAUAUCAGCUCCACCGAAUCUGGAUGUUUUAACUCACGCACUUAUGGCUUUAGUCGGUGCUUUAGCAAAAGAUAAGGUGAAUGUAUUUAAAAAAGCUUGCCUUAUUUCCCCUAAUCAUGAUUAAUAUUCAUCCAUAUAUGAUUUAAUCGUUUUUUAAGAAUUUCACUCAAAUUAGUAAUGAAAUUUAUUUGUUCACUUGAUUGGAUUGCUGAAAGUAAAAAAGCAAUAUAUAUAUACCAAAUAUUGACAAACUUCGGUUUUAGUAAUGUUUAUGUUGUUAGAUUAACAAUCGAAAUAUAUUAUGAUCUAUAAAAUGUGUUCACAAAAAUAAUCUUUUAAUAACUAUUAUUAUUAUUGUGACUUAGAUGGAGAAAGCACAUUUGUUUAUUCGGGAUUUCAUACUAGCGAGACUUCCUGAUAUAGAUUUAACUGAACUGAUUUCAAUUCCUAAUCCAUUACCCCUUCUACAGGGUAUACUUCGAUCUGAAGGACGUGGCCCACCUGAAACCAGGUAAGUGGUAUGUAUUAGUUUAAAAUCAUGUUUUUCUAAAGUUUGCCCCUUCAUCUUUAACUGUUGUAGGGAAGAAGAUAACACAAAAAUACAUUCGAAAUUCCUUUGUUUAUGAAACUAUGUAUUAAAAUGUUAGUUUUGCAGAUGAAAAUUUGGAUUUGAUUUUAUUAUUUAGUUAAUCAAUAAAAAUCAACAUAGGACUUGACAUCAAUAUUUAAUAACUAAAGUUGUUACAUCAUAUCAACACUGUGAAAUUAAAUUUACAAAACGUAAAUGGCUAAUUGAGUAGUCAAAAUGAUAUAAUCGUAUAAAUGGUAGUCAGAAAUAGUAAACAUCGAAAACACUGUUCAGAAAUGAAGGAAUAAAAUAAAGAGAGAGAAAAGUGCAGAAUAUUAGCGAUUUCCAAGGUCCAGCAAAAAGUAAUUUAAAGAUUCAAAUAUAUCUAGAGCAUUGUGACUAAUUUUAAGUUGGAUUAAAUAAACUCUAUUUUAUUCGUACAUAUUUGUGAUGACGAUUUGUGUACUCAAGGAAAGGCUUUUGGAAUUACCUAGUUGUUUAGACUGGAUUAUUUGAUAGUAAAGCAUUUAUUAAUGAUAUAUAGAGAGACAAAAAAGACUACCAUUAAACUAUUCACUUCAUAGAACACAAGGCUUCUAGUAAUUUUGCUCUCAUCCUGAUUUGUCUAAUCUAAAAUGAUAAAUUAUUUACUUUGAAAUGUAAUUCAAGCAAGUUUGAAAAAAAAUACUCAGAGCCUCGCUACGUAAUUUUCUUUCUUCGAAACAUUUUGUUGAUUAGUCACAAUCUCACCUCUUGGAAUAGAAAAUUUCAAUUUUGUGUGAAAAUAGCUCACUUCACAAUAUAGAAGCACACUGAAGUUAUUGGUUGAACAUAGUUUUAAAUCAUGACAUACUUCUAAUCAUAUGUAGACACAAUACUAAUAUAUAAUAACUGUGUAUAUGAAUGUAAUAGAUAAUCUAUUUGGUCACUUCUCCUUACAGAUUAAUUUAUCAGUCAAGUAUGAAUACUGUGCUAGCCUGUUUUGAAGUUGGUAUAUAUAGUGAUUGUCAACUCAUUGGAGAAGGUAAACAGCAUAUUCUUAACAUUUAACACAUACAGGAUGUUAAGAUUUUUAUGAUGGAUUUAUGUAACCCAAAUGAUGUGCAACUGAAUAUCUGUUCUACAUUUAUAGUGUUAAAUGGUUGUUCAAGAUAUAGCUCAUACUGUAAUAGCCAACAAAACAUCAGGAAUUCGGCCUGUAUUUAUUGUUUGGGAUUUUGAGUUUUUGUAAGACUGUGGGAAAGUCAUGAAUCGGCUGUUAAUCUAUACUCAUGGAAACCGCAGCAUAUCCAUUCACCGAUUUAUUUGUUGAGUUACUUAUGUGGCUACAAUUAAAGAAAAUAUAUUUAGACCUGGUUAUCAGUUCUUGUAAAAGUCAGGUUAGCACUAAAUCAUGGCAGAGCAUACACCUUGACAACUCGAACGGAUAACCAAGUUAAACAACGAGAUUUACAAAAAUGUUGGUAGUUAUCUACCAUUACUGUCAUAAGAUUUGCGGUUAACUACAAACUAGGCACUAUUCUAGAUAUACAAGAAGUUUUAGGCAACAAAUUCGAUGACAGAUUGUGUACCUACAUUUAAUUAGAUGUGGUACACAUGAUGUUAAUGGUAUUAAUGCUGGUUAGGGAAGAUAUCAGAGGUUAAACCAAGUUGUUGUAACGUUAAUUUUAUAAACUUUACCGAUAUUUUGUGAGCUCUUAAUAAAUGCACAUUGUUCAAGGGUAGCGAAGAAGUAGUAAAGUAAUGAAUUAAUAGUUAAGAAUCACUGAUUGUUUAAUCAAUAGGUCCCAGAUAUGAGCCCUGUUUUGUUUCUUCAAAUUUUGGCAACUGAAAUUGUACCGUCACUAGUUCUAACGAACAGGUUGCCUCAAAGUCGUUUUUACAUCACGAAUGACUUAUACUGACCACAUAAUUGUGGGUGAGCAACACCUGAAUAUAUAUUACUAAAAUCAAUUAUAAAUUUUAUGGUAUAUGAUUUGUUCGUAUUCUGUAACUUAAGAUAAAUAACAAUCGAGUCGGCUAUUUUUUAUACGUAUGUAGUGUUAUUAGCAUAUUGUUAAGAUUUAUGUUUUUGAUGAUUAUGAAAAGUAGCCCAUGAAAUUUAUCAAUUAAACCCAGUGGAUUUUUAAAAAUUUCAUUUUUAUGUACGCAACUAGAGAAAAGCAAAUACUUUGAAUUUCUAAAUCAGUAACAAGUUUAUACCUCGGCCUGUUUUAUAAUAAUUUGUCUAUUUUUAUUUCAAUCACUUAAGCUCCUGGUGAAACGAUAUUAAUUGCAGAAGAGGAAGCAUUACGACAAUCAAUAAGGAAUUUCUUCAAACUAACGGAUAAUCGUCCAUCUAUUCCAUUGCAUGGAAACUUAGACUUUUUGGACUUUCAAAAGUUUUCUGAACCAAAUAUUUCGCUUAAUUACUAUUUGGAAUUAGCAGUUGAUUAUGUUUAACCAGGCAAAAAAAUCCCCUUCGAGGAUUGUAUACUUGUAAAUAUAUAAUAAUUCUUUUUGUAAUGAAUGCAUCAAUAUACUGCUUAUUAAUCUGAA